CUUUUUGUUGAACAAUGAGAAAGCAAUCCAAGUCCAAGAAUCCAGAAAGCUAUGGCAAAGGAAAGGUUACUCCUGUUCAGAUCGCCUUCAUCGUCGAUCGCUACCUAUCUGACAAUAACUACGCACAAACUCGCACCGCCUUCAGAACCGAAGCUCCAGACCUCAUCUCCAGAUCUCCCGUUCAAGAGGCGCCAAAGAGCUUGUUAAGUUUGGCUGCGAUACUAGAUGAGUAUAUACAACUCAAGGAACAGAAAGUGAUGGUUGAUCAUGAGAAAUCUCGUUUGGAACAAGAGAGAGCCAGGAUACAGUCUCUGUUUAGUGUUGUACAAGAUGCGAUGAACUCUUAUAGUUCAGGUGGAAGUGUUCCUCUUCCAUCACCACCUACAUUUACUACAUUGACAUCUCCGGCUAUGACUCAAUCCAAUGCUAAUUCUGUUAUGCGAAUGGAUCUCCUUGCUGGAUCCCCUGCAGUUUAUUCAUCAGGUUAUCCUGUUUACCAUCCUCCAAAUCCAAUGAUGCGGAUGGUAAACCCUAACACAAGUCAAAUUGAGCAAUCCAACACGUCCACACCGUUCACAAAUCCAUCAUCUAAAAGGACGAGAUGCACAAAAAAGUCUACAGAUCCGACUAUACCUUCUUCAAAGAGAACUAAGUGUAGCAGAUCAACUACAAAGGACAUAACUGCCAAAGAUAAUUCUAUGGGUUUUACCCCAAGCAUUGUCACUGAUAGUAAACCAUUAUCUGUCACCCAAUUAUCAAAUUCUGCUAAUGUCAUUAAUGGAUCUGGUGUUGUUAAGCGUUUGUUCAACAAAUGUUCUCAGUCCCCAAUAACUACUACUAUCCCAAAUACACCUCCUAGAUCAACCACUUCCCAAACUGAUAACUCGAUCUCUCCAGUCGAAAUAUCAUCAACCAACUGCAUUGUGAUAAUGAGUCCCAACAAGAAAGUAGCAUAUUAUUCAAUUGAGAGGAAUCAUAGCAUAACUGCUUCAUCUCCUGAUAAGACAAACACUAGGGUUAACAAGAGAGACCAUGUAAAAGGAAGACUGGACUUUGGUGGCCAAUCAUCCAUUCCCAUGGAUUCUAACAUCCCCAGUAAUGAAGUUGCUUCAAUAUCUGAACCUAACAAUGGAGAAGGAAGAGAAGCAGAAGGGAUAUUUGACUUGGAUUUGCCUAAUUUUGAAAAUUUUGGUCUUGACUUCAACUUUGGUGAUCUGCUUGAUUUAGAUAUGGAUACUGAUUUCUCAGUUGAACCCGAGUCACAUUCAGGGUCCCCUGAUAAUGAUACAAUUGGGAACUUGGAUAUUUCUGACCCUGUGACUGAGGAAGAUGCUAAAGCAUAACUGCAUUACUAGUUGGGAGAUCAUUCAAUCUGGAAGAUGAUUCUACAAAUUAAGUAUGUGCAGUUGCUGAAAUCAAAAAUUAACCUUAUUGACCAUAUACAUUAAUCUGCAAGAUCUAUUAGGAGAUUGAAAUUGUUUAGUAAUCCUACUAUUGAUCAUUAGUAAGAAUCUCACCCCUUUAGCUUGUGUUUGAUCUUCUGAUUAUAGUUUAGGAUUACUAGCUAUAACUUUAUUGACUUUACUUGUGUGUCCUUUUCAUACUGUAAACUCAGUAUUAACUUUGAAAAGUUUUUUGGGACAAAUUAUGGUUAU